AUGUUCGCCCACCCAUGGCUUACCGCUGUGGGCGUGUAUCUGUGCUGGCACGCGGCAAGGGCAGUCUACCUGAUCUACCUAAGUCCCCUGGCGAUUUUCCCUGGCUCGAAGUGGGCUGCCCUUGGCGAAUACUGGGAGGCUUAUUGGAACAUUGGAACGCGCCCUGGUCGGAAGGGCCAGACGCUCUUCAAAUUGGAAGAGAUGCACAAGAGACUGGGUCCUGCCCUGCGCAUGGGACCCAACGAGGUCCAUGUUUACGAUCCUCAAUUUUACCACAAGCUCUACUUCCCAAACAGCAAAUUCUACAAGGACCCUUCUAUGCACAAGGUACUCGGGGCCCCUACGAGCACUCUGGCGGAGAGCGAUCCGAUUAGACACAAACAGCGCAAAGCACCACUUGAGCCAUUGUUUGCCAAGAAGAACAUGCACGCACUUGAACCGAUGCUUAUGGAGCACGUCAAUCACUGCUGUCUUCGCUUUGACGAGUUCUACGAUGCCGGGAAGCCGGUCUCGAUGGAGUGGGCGCUCAAGUCGCUAGCCAUGGAUAUGGUCUCUCAGUUUGCCUUUGGCAAGUCCUUGGGGGCCUUAGAUGACCCUGAGUUCAAGUCGUUGCCCGUGCAGGUAUUCAAGCAAUAUUUGCCGAGCCUGCAUAUCAUAAAGGCGUUCCCCUUUGUCCGCCUAUUGCACAGUCUGCCACGGUGGCUAACGCACCGCAUGUCGCGCUCCAUUGCCAUGGGCCAUGAGCUUGAGCAGUUCGCAUCACGUCGCAUCGACGACUUUCUGGAACAAAAGGCAGCGGGCAAGCUGCCGUCGUUUCCCACCAUCAUGGAACGUCUGCUUAUUCCUAUUCCAGAGAAAGGAUACGUGGUGCCGGACAAGCAGGGACUGCGUGAUGAGAUAUUGACAACCAUCUCAGCAGGUGAUGACACGACAGGCAUCGCCAAUAUGGUGACCCUGUACAACAUUAUCAGCAAUCCUACUAUACAUGCGCGCCUGCUGGCGGAGUUGAAGACCGUACUACCUGAGCCAAACUCGCAUGCACCGUAUCCGGAACUUGAGAGAUUGCCAUAUUUGACUGCAGUAAUCAAAGAGGGGCUGCGCUAUUCCUCCCCUGCGGCGUCACGUACUCCGCGGCUGGUGCCCUCUGGCGGUGUGACGCUUCCAGAUGGCCGGUUUGUUCCUGCAAACACGCGAAUUGGCAUGUCCAUCUACCACAUACACUACAACGAGUCCAUUUUCGAGAACCCGCGCACUUUUGACCCCGAGCGUUGGUUGCAGGCACCGGAAGAAGUGGCGCGUUUGAGCCGCUUCAUGGUGGCUUUUUCGCGCGGGAGUCGAUCAUGUCUAGGCAUCAAUCUCGCGUAUAUGGAAAUGUACAUGGCCAUAGGCUACCUGAUCCGCCGGUUCGACUUCCAACUAGCGGGCACGACCCCAGCAGACAUGGCUUGGGACGACAUGGUAGUGCCGGAGUUCCAUGGGGAACUGCUUGUGGUACCAAAGCGCCGUGCGGGCUGA